GCGCCGGUCGCUGAUUGGCUGGCCGCUCCAGCCUCCCGGCGCCGGCUCGGCUCCUCCCAGCCCAGCCCGCUUGCUGGCUGCCAACUGGCCAGGGCAGUCUGGAGAGCAGUGGCGUGCGGAGCGGCGGCGUACCGCUUCCAGGGGCUAAGUGAUGGAUCUUGUACUCAGUGUUGCAGAUUACUAUUUUUUUACACCAUACGUAUAUCCAGCCACGUGGCCAGAAGAUGACAUCUUCCGACAAACUGUUAAUCUUCUGAUUGUAACAAAUGUUGGUGCUUACAUCCUUUAUUUCUUCUGUGCAACACUGAGCUAUUAUUUUGUCUUUGAUCAUGCAUUAAUGAAACAUCCACAAUUUUUAAAGAAUCAAGUCCGUCGAGAGAUUAAGUUUACCGUCCAGGCAUUGCCAUUGAUAAGUAUUUUUACUAUUCCACUGUUCCUGUUGGAGAUAAGAGGUUACAGCAAAUUACAUGAUGACCUAGGAGCGUUUCCAUAUGGAUUGUUUGAACUCAUCAUUAGUAUCAUAUCUUUCCUCUUUUUCACUGACAUGUUCAUCUACUGGAUUCACAGAGGCCUUCAUCAUAGACUGGUAUAUAAGCGCCUACAUAAACCUCACCAUACUUGGAAGAUUCCUACUCCAUUUGCAAGUCAUGCUUUUCACCCUAUUGAUGGCUUUCUUCAGAGUCUACCUUACCAUAUAUACCCUUUUAUCUUUCCAUUACACAAGGUGGUUUAUUUAAGUCUGUACAUCUUGGUUAAUAUCUGGACAAUUUCCAUUCAUGAUGGUGAUUUUCGUGUCCCCCAAAUCUUACAGCCAUUUAUUAAUGGCUCAGCUCAUCAUACAGACCAUCAUAUGUUCUUUGACUAUAAUUAUGGACAAUAUUUCACUCUGUGGGAUAGGAUUGGAGGCUCAUUCAAAAAUCCUUCCUCCUUUGAGGGGAAGGGACCGCUCAGUUAUGUGAAGGAGAUGACAGAGGGAAAGUACAGCAGCCAUGCAGGGAAUGGUUGUAAGAAUGAAAAAUUAUUCAAUGGAGAGUUUACAAAGACUGAAUAGAUUAUUGCCCAGUUAUUCCUAAGUAAGGACAAAGAAGGAAAUACCAUAUUUCUUUUUUUUAUAAGGAAAAAAUAAUCUCCGUAUAGCCAAGAUACAUAGUAAGCAAAUGGUAUCAUUUGGAAAUGAGCAUUGUGGGCACUGCUGAGGAAUGAUCAUAGAGGCAGUCCAGGAGAAGAUGCUGUGAACAUCAGGAUUUUCAUCUUACGCUUAAAAUGCCAGAUGUUGUUCAGGGGACAACUCGUAUCUUUCUAGCAGCAGAUCUGUAGUUUGUGUAGCCUCAACAACAAUUAGAAAUAAGAUAGAGAAUAAAUUAUUGAGGGGACUGGGCUAUAUGCAUUUGCCUCAAUCCACUCAUUUUUAUUAAGAAUCAUCGUGCUGAAUAAUACCAAGACUAAGCACCAUAACCAAGAAGUACUAAUAUAAAGAUUGUUUCUUGUUUCAGGAAUGGUUAAUUCUUCAAUGUUGGUUUGAUAAUGAUAACUUGUAGUACUUUAUUCAAGUCAAAACAUCAGUGUGGAAAAAAAUUCGGAUCCAUCAGCAGCUAUGUAACUGACCUAAUUGAUGGCAGGUGUAAUAAGACUAUUGUCUUCCUACACAUAGGAGGCUCAUUCUCUGGGCACACUGUCAACUGUUACAUUUUACUGAUUAAUAAAUAAAUUGGAAUUUAAAAAUAUCGAUAUCACCAUGAUUUAAUUCAGAUCUGGUAUUAUGUAACUAAACAUGGUGGUGAUUAUUAUUUAAAACCAUUAUUUAAUAAGAGUAAAAAUAUGUGAAUCUGGAUAUAUUUUUUUAAAAAAAUUGAUGCCCAGAUGAUAUAUUAGGCACUACUGAUUUUUUAAUUAAAUUGAUGGACUACACUUUUGAUGUUUCAAAGUUACAAACCUGUGUUUUUUUUUGUAAAGGAAAUAAUUGCCAAAUACCCAUUGCUGACAAUUAGUUUUAAAAUCUUAUUCCUCCUCUUCUCCCGUCACUUUUCCCUACUUCCUCUGCAAAAAGAUUUGACAAAUACUUUCAUAAGGAAAUGUGUGUUGUAACAUAAAUAUAUUGCAAAAACAUAGUUUGUAAAAGCAUUCUAUAAGCUAUUUAUGUAAAAUCAAUAAAAGUUGAUCAUUGUAAUUAAACUGUAUCAGUUAAAUAUUAGAGCAGCACAGAGUAUUCUUUGUACAUAUUUUGUCAAUUUGAAGCCACAGAAAUGAUAUGGUUGUUAAAUGUGUUUCAGAACAUCCCCAGAUACUCAGUGUCACGGGGAGAAAGAAGUGGGUACCACAUUCUGUUUAUAUUUCACAUUUUAACUAGAUUUGAGUGUUUUAGCAAGAAAUCGGUCAUAAAAUCUAAUGUCUGGGAUCCAGAAGAAAAUGUCUUUAAUCUGUGUGUGAUUGUCACAAUGUCAUCUUAUUUUAAAUGUAUCAAUUAGUAUUUUGUAAUGGGCAAACGUCAUUUAAUACUUUUCACUAAUCCCACUCGCCCCCGGUGCUCCACCUUGCCUAAGAAAAGGAAAUUAAGGAGAAGUAAACUUUAUUUCCUAAUAUAAUGACAGCUGAUAUUUAUUGAGCUUUUCCUCUUUGCCCGGAGACUAGGACCCAAAGAAGUUGUCACUAUUUCAAGGUUUAUUUCUCUCUCAUAUAAUGUCCCAUGCGGAUGUUUAUGGUCAGUGGACAGCUUUUCACCUAGUCAUUCUGCGACCCCGGCUCCUUCCUCUUGGGGCUCUGCCUUUCUCUCAGUCCAUAGAGCCCUCUUUGUUGAAGGAGCACAUAGGGAAAGAAGGAAAAGUCUGCGUGGGAAAUGUUCACGGGUGAGGCCUGGAAGUGGUGCAGAUCUCUUCUGCCUAUGUUCCUUUGGACAGAACUCAGUCACAUGGCCCACCAGAGAGAUUUUGGAAAGUGUAUCCAGCUGUGUGCCUGGGAGGAAGGGGGGCACCAUUUUCUUGAGCAGCUGGCCUGUUGCCAUGUUUGUGGUGUUUAUUCCCCUCUUCUUGAUGUUGAAAUGGUGAAUGAGCUGUGAAGUAUUUCAGGUUAUCCACACGCUAAUCGUCUCAGUGUCUUUAAUUCUGUAACUCCAAUUAUGAAUGUUAAAGCUUCCUCUAGAUUCUUAUUCCUGUAUAGCUAAUAGAGAAGAAAGGACAGCUUCCUAUGGGGAAGACAGAGGCUUCCUCAUAGGUGUUAGGAAUAAUCAAACUUGCCUCUGCCCUUUCACCCAUCUCAAAUUCUGGUCUCUUAAAGCAGCGUUAUGUUAAGUAGUCCUAACAUUUUAAUAUACACUACUGCCACAUUCUCCUAUUUUCUAUUAGAGGAAGUCAGAGAAUAUUCAUGGAAGUGAGGACCCAAAUUACCUUCUACAGGUGACUUUGAAACCUUUUAUAGUUACAAGACAGAAAGUGAAAAUCAAGGUUACGUUUUCUACUUUCGUGGUAGAAAUUGAGAAGUGGGUGGGUAUGGUUCGAGAAGACCUUUCAGAAACCCAGAGACUGAGUCUUUGUCUUCCUGUCUCUGCAAUACUGAGUGAAUUUCCUCAUUCCCCUGUAUCAUGUUUUCCUCCCAUCUUCUAGAAGCUGGGGACAGAUUUGGAAGAGAAUUAUACAAGUUCAGUUUUUUGAUACAUGGAGUUUACAGUGUAUGCAGGUUAUUUAUGUAGAGAGGAGGUCUGGGAGAAAGAUGGAAACUAUAGGGAGAUGACUGAGAACAAAUAUAUUUGGGAUUAACCCAGAUAGAGGAAAAGUUUGAAACCAUGAGAUUGAAUAUCUUUCUUCAUGCUCUCUGUGGCAAAGACACGAACUCGAGGGGUGCGGUGGUCUGAAUGUGUCCUCCAAAAUUCAUAUGUGGAAAUAUGUUCGCCAGUGAGAUAGGAUGUAGAGGUGGGGCCUUGAGGAAGUGAUUAAGUCAUGAGGGCUCUGAGAUUAAUGACUUGAAAAGAGGUGUGAGGCAACUGGUGAGCUCUUCUGUCCCUUCUGACGUGAGGACCCAGCAACACGGUACCAUCUUGAAAGCAGAAACCGGGAACUCAGCCAACACCAAACCCACUGGUGCUUAAGCAUGACUUCCCAGCCUCCAGAGCUGUAAGAAAAUAAAUUUGUUAUUUAUAGAUUACCCAGUUGAAGAUACUUUGUUAAAGCAGUAUGAAUGGACUAAGAAAAGGGGGAGGAAACUUCCAUUCCUGAUCUUCCCAACUUCUUCAAAUUCAUGACACUUGAAUGACAGUCUUAUUUCAGCACUUAACUGCUAUCACCUAUUUUAUGUGCGUCUUAUCUAUUUUAGAUGCCAGAUUCCUUGGAAGUAGAGAGUGUGUCUGAAUUAUCAUUGUAUUAAACCACUCAUCCUUAAAAAAUGCCCAAGACAUGGUUAAAGUUCAAUAAAUACUUUGUGGAAUUUAUUAAUGGCAGAAAUGUCAUUCUCUUCAAUAUAUGUUUAAUAAAUCCCUGAUAGGUGCCAAGCACUGCACUAGCUACAAAUUCUCUUCUGAUGCUGUCUUUUUAGCCAACCGUUUUUUUUCCUCAUUUAUUCAUUAGCUGACAUUUGCUGAGUGCCUUGGAGGGGUCAAAAGGGGAAGUAAUGAGAAAUCAAACAUGGUCCCUACAUCAAGGAUAAACUUUUUUUUUUUUUUUUUGGUCACUCAAAGUCAUAAUCGUUUGGAAACAAAACCCACCAGUACCCCAGAUUUUGACCACAGAUGAAUCAGUAAUACAAGAACUGGUUAGAGAGUUGAAUGAAUCUGUAUACUCAGCACUUAGCACUCUGGGUAAAAGAAAAAAGAUCCUCAAAGAUAUUAGUUAGUUACAUUAAGAAAGGGCAAACCUGGGAGGUUAAUCUAUAACUUCACCUCAGAGGAACAGGAACUUUGGAGAUAAACAGGGCUCUGCCACUUGCAAGUUGCACAAUCCUGGUUUCUCCAUCUGUAAAUUGAUUAAAACACUGCCUAUCUAAUAAGAUUAAAUAAGUUAGAAGCAUUCAGUUAAAUGUCAACUGAAGCUAUUGUUCAUGUAAAUUGUGCUUGAUGCUUUUUCUUUCUAGAUUCAAUGAUUAUUGUCAUUAUACCUCGAUAGGCCCUCAAUAGAAAUCAGUUGCAGAGGGCAGAAGCCCAGAUAUUUUCACCUUAAAAUUGGAGGAUGAAAGACAUUGAGGGGAAGUAGAGAUAGAGGGUACAGAGAAAAAUCAUAUAAGUAAAACUAACAUUGUUAACAUUAUUUACUGUAAGUUAUCUUUGUAAGAGAGGUAAAAUACAUACAUUUUGUGUUGUUACAUGAUUUCAUUUAAACGCAUCACUUUGUGUGUUUUUAUAUUGCUAUAAACCAUAAGACCAGUCUACAAGGUUUGCAGAUAAAAUAGAAACAUACCUUCCUUGAAAAGCAGAAUGAAUUUCUCAAGAAAGGCAGGAAGGAAGUGUUUGAACCAUGUAUCAACAAGCUUUACUGUCAAAGCAGGCUUUUGGUAUGGAAAGAAAAAUACUUAUAAAUACUUGUUUUAAUAUUUGCUUUAUUAAAAUACAUUUAAAAUAUAGCAUUUUUAAAUCUAAGCUCAACUUGAAGACAUCAUAAGAACAGUAAAUUUGAUAAAAAUGAGAAAUUACAUUCCCAUUUCUUUAUAACAAUUUGCAAAUUCCAAUUAUCCUGAACAUUUAAUACCACUUAUUUUAUUAAUCACAUUUUCUUAAACAUUUGAUAAGAGAUUUAAUAUUUUGAUCCAACUACCAAAAAGGCAGACUUGUGUACUUGACAGGUUUUUCUAAACACUUGACAACUCACGAUUCAAACGUAAACACAAAAUAGCAUAUCAAAAGUUAAUCACUCAGUUGGAAAGCAUUCAUACCAUAGGCUUUUGUUCAUUUCUUGAAUAAUUUUGUUAUAUCUUCCUCUUUUAGGCUGCAAUGAGCUAUAAUUGCACUACUGCACUCCACGCUGGGUGACAGAGCAAGAUGCUAGCUCUAAAAAUAAAUAUAUGUGUGUGUGUGUAUGUAUAAUAUAUGUGUAUAUAUAUAUAUAUAUAUAAAAGUAUCUUCCUCUAUUAUAAUUUAACUGAUUAAGCCAUUUAUUUAGAUGGAAACUUGGCCCCCUGACAUAUGCCAUGAAACAAAUAGAAACCUAGAAAUUUAGUGCAUAUUCAAAUAUUAAGACAGACACUGGUGUGGUGACUUUUGUCUCUCCCUUCAUUGGGACGUUUUUUCUUUCUGAUCAACUUAAUGAAGGUAUAAUUUACUGUAAUUAAGUGUAGCCAUUUUUACUGUAGAGUUCAAUGAUCUUUGAUGAAUGUGUGCACCCAUGUAACCACCACCCCCAAUCAAAGUAAAGAACAUUUUCUUACCAGAAUAAAUUUCCUCUCCCUUUGCAGUCAUUCUCCGCAGCCCUAGGUCACCACUGAUCCACCUUCUGUUACUGGAAGGUUAGUUUUCUUCCCUGAUUUAGAAUUUCGUAUAAAUUAAAUCAGAUAGUGUAUACUCUUGUGUUUAGUUUCUUUAGCUUAGCAUGUUUAGAGAUCCAUGCUGUUGCGUAUGUCUGUAGCUUUUUGUUUUUAUUGCUGGCUGGUAUUUCAUUGUAAUAUACCACAAUUGGUUUAUGUAUUUGCUGAUAUUUGUGUUAUUUCUGGUGUGGGAUUAUUAAUAAAGUUGCUACAAACAUUUG